CUGCAGGACAGGUUAAACAGGUGACAGGGUGUCAGGUUUCAUCAAGAGGAUUACGUGAAGCGGAGGGGUUUAACAACAUACGAUCUGGAUCCAAAAAUACUUCGAUAAACUGUAAGCUUUCGUCUGCCCAACAACGAGUUUGACCAUGGUACAGAAGUAUGACGGGUUGUCCCACUGUAAGCUGGCUCUGGUGUUUGCCGUGGUGAUGGAUGUGCUGGGUGUGACGUUCCUGCUCCUGGGCGUUUUCGCUUCACUAGAGAUCAAAGGCAAAGACUUUGGGGACCUGCUGGUGUACUCCGGAGCUCUGCUGGUGCUGUUUUCCAUGGCUGGCUGGGUGCUUUGGUAUAGCGGCAACAUCGAAGGUCUGCAUUUACAAAAAAACCUGGAUGGCAAUAUGGGAUCUGCUGUGGACAGACUGGCCCGCACUCUCAGCCGAAGGAUACGGCUCCCAAGGACGCGCAGCAGUCCAUCUUAAGUCUGUUUAUUUUAUUUUUUUUACCAAUUACUUGGAAGAAAGGUUCAUGCUUUAUGGCUUUACCUUCAUGUCAUUUUUGAAUUAAAAAAAAAGUUUUUGCAAUUAAUGUUUUUAUAAACGUAAUCUGUUUCUUCUGCUCAAGUAUGUGUAAAUGAUCUACUUCCUAAAUACUCUUUGGAUAUUAAAAUUAUCGCACUGAGAAUACUUUCUGGAGAAAAUUACCACACUGAAUCAAGUUUAUUAUUAUUUUUAGCUUCUCUAUGAAAUUAAUUUAGUAAUAUUAUAUAGGUGCAUGGUGCAUCUCAAGGCAUCAGAUCAACAAAAAUUUAUUUUAGUAAAUCAAGUAAAAAGCAAAG